AAUAUUAUAUCGGGUUCGUCCUUUGGAAAUAAUCGCUGCUCUUUUAUUUGUUAUGCUGUGAUCUAAACUUUAAAACGAUGUUUUAUUAGAAAUCGAUGAUAUUUUCCAUAAUGUACCCCAUUUAUUAUGGGAAACAACAACCAGAAACUACCAUUAAGAAAAGCACAAUCUGUUCCAGAAUCACAGUUCUUGCAACUUACCAAUCCUGACCUUGUCAGAAAAAAAAAUGAACCAGGAAAGUUAAUGAGAGGAAAAUCGCAGGAUGAACUAGACAAAGUGACAAGUACCCCUGAAAAGCCAGAAUUGAAUGUACCCCUUGUCGAGGCACUGUUUCUUCCAGAUUUUCCAAUCAAGGGAGAUGCACAAGGACAGGAAUUUGAGGUUUGUGAUAUUAUUGCGAAAGGGGCAUAUGGAAAUGUUUUGCGAGUUCGCAGAGAGGAUGAAAAGCAGUAUUAUGCCAUGAAGGUGAUGAGCAAAACCCAAAUCAUUGUUGAAGGGGCCAUACAACAGUGUAAGGAUGAAGCAGCUAUCCAGGCUAUGCUUGGAGACCACCCAUUUAUUGUGAAAUUGCAUGAAUACUGGCAGUCCAAGAAGUAUCUGUACAUAGUGCUUGAAUAUGUCCCGUACGGCGAUCUGUUCACGCUGUGGUCAUUCCAUGGCUACCUACCGGAGAUGUUAUCCAGAGUCUACAUUGCUGAGAUGGCAAUGGUGUUAGAUUACCUUCACAAAUCUGGUGUCAUAUAUAGGGAUAUAAAGAUGGAAAAUAUACUGCUAGAUGCAGAAGGUCACAUACAACUGACAGAUUUUGGGUUGGCUAAAUGGUUAAAUCGUGGAGACCGGACGCGGACAAUCUGUGGAACUCUGCAAUAUAUGGCUCCUGAGGUGCUAUCCACCACCCCAUAUGGACACACAGCAGACUGGUGGUCCCUGGGAAUACUCAUGUAUGUCGUCUUGGCCGGCAGGUACCCUGCCGAGGGGGCCCGGGAUCACGAUGAGAUGCUGAAACUGGUGUGGGACAGUGACUACUUACUGCCAAACCACAUCAGUGACAAAGCUCAGGAAAUUAUCAACAAGCUAUUGAUGAAGAAUCCCGAUAAAAGACUUACAGAUCUAUUAGCUCUUCAAAAUACAAACUUUUACUCGAAUUUUAACUUUACUGCAGUUUUAGAAAAAAAGGUCUCCCCUAAAGACAUAGUCCCUGCCGAUUUUUUCCCCAUGACAGGGGUCAGUUAUAGCUAUGCUCCACAACUGCCACCUAGUGAAGAUGAAUUGGCACAAUUUGACCUUGUGUGGAAUCUACCUCCGGAGACUGAGGCUGUGUAUGUGUAGGAAAUCCAUGACUGAGACCAGUGAAUCUGUCAUCAAUACAGGGUGCAUUAUCACAGGGAGAAAGCCACACGAACAGCAAUGAAUGACUGGUGUAUUAGUAUUUAUGUGCAAUUGCUUGUAUUCAUUUAAACAAGGUAUUUCAUGUAUGUUAGGAUCCUGAAAAAUAUAUUGUUUUAUCAGUUUCAUGCAGAUUUCUGUGCAUUUAACCAUUUAUAUGUAUGUGUAACCAUUCUUAAAACAGGUUGUGAAAUUUACUUUAUAAUGUUUUUGUUCAUCGACAAGGUAACAUAGAUAUAUUUAUUUAAGAAUCUCAUUUAUUUCAUUUUUGUGUACUCAGAAUAAUUGUGGUAAUUGACCUAAAGAAAAUAAAACUGUAUUUAUUCAUUUUGUAUCUUACAGAAAUCAUUUUCUAUUUAUACAAGAUGCUUCUCUUUAAUCAAGAGUUUGAACAGGACAUUUGAAGUGUUUCACAGACUUUUAGAAUUUCACAUUUCUUCACCAUUUGUAUGCAUGAUUUGAAAAUGUAUAAAUGAAAAUCAUAUUGUGCCAUUGUUAUAUACCAAACUCUACAGCAUUCAUUGUCUUUGAAUACUUAUUACUUCAUGUUGCCCUGUUGUUUUAAUUUAAGUGGUACAUUUUUGUGCAAAGUUUUGAUUUCUGUCAUUUUAGAAAUGUUUGAAUACAUUUGUCCUUCCAGGAUUGUAUAAUGGUCUGUUAUUUCCAUUUAUCUUUCUAUGUGAUAUCUGUUUACUCCCAGAUAUCUCAUGUGCCCUACUGUGCAUUUUAUCAAAAGCUUGCUAUGCAAAAUAUUUUUAAUUAAUAAAUUUUUUUUAAUUAAUAAUAUUUUUUAAUUAAUAAAAUAGUUUUGAAUUGAAUGUCACAUAGUAAUUAUUUAUAACAAGUAGCUAAAAAGCAAAAGUUUUAAAAUUCAUUAUGAAGUUGAAAUUUUAAACAUUUUUGUAUGAUGAUGGGAGAUGUGGACACCGUUCUUACACAUUUUAUGCUGGUUGUGAUCGAUAAAGCUUUAAACUUACAUGUGUGUCCUAUGAAAUGUCUGUCUGAAUGUUCAGUUAAUAAUAGUUACUUGUAUGUACACAACGAAUUUGUGUAAGUGAGAAUCAAACUGAUCGUGAAUUUUCGUGUGAAGACUUGUGUUGAUAUAAAUGCAUCACGUGACUCAUUGUCAUUCCAAUCAUGUGCGUGAUUUCUUGAUGUCUGCUCUGUAUUUGUCAGACAGAGAUGAACAUGUGUUAGAUGUUUAGGUGAAUUGUUCACCGAGUUACACAUAGAUGCUGUUUGUGUUGUGAAUGUCAACCAUAUCAUUUUUGUUGUUGAUCACAUGUUGUUUUUAUAUAAGGAAUGGACCAUGGUAGUCUCUUGGCAACAGAAGAAGUGAUUUCUGUUUCUCAUGUUCCCUGUAGUAGGGUAACUGCAUUGUAAAGAUGAAAAAACAUCGAAAAAAGAAAUCAUGAAACAAGUGUUCUCUAGUGCAUAUCUGAAAUUUAAAUACUGUGAAGAAUUUGUUUAUUACGUCACUUGAGUCACUCGGAUGACCUAUUGCUAUCGUAAACUUUUGGACAUUUUCAACUUCUUUUCUCGAAUGGCUGAACCAAUUUUAACCAAUUUUGAUGUAGCAUCUAUGGAAGAAGGGGAACAAAAAUUGUGAAUUUCAUGGACUUUGCCUCCCUGGUGCCGGAAAUUUUCUUCUUUACUCCUUGCACGAUUAUAAGCAAUGAGCCAUCUGCCAAAAUUGUGAAAUUCAUUUGAAUGAGUACUCAAUCCUCUACCAAAAUUCAUGACCCCUGGGUUCAGGGUUCAUGCCCAGGAGUGGGGCUCAAUUGGUCAUACAUGUACAUGUAUAACGAAAAUGCAUUAUAUCUUAGAAAAACUUUUUUUAAUUAUGUACAUCAGGAAAGAAAAUGUUUGCAUGAUUAUAAUAUGAGCUUUGAGUUGUGUACUCCUGGAAUCAGGUUCUUAUUGCAAAGUUUUCUACUGGAUAUUCCUAGAGUGGGAGUUUUGGGCCCUCUGAUAAAUUACCGAAUGAGAUGUUAGAAAUAUUUUUGUGUUAAUGAUUUUUAAAAUUUCAUGCACAUGAGUCAUGAGUUUUGGACAGUGUUAUGCAUGGUACUUGGGUGACCGUUAAGUAUGCAUGGUACUCGAGUGACCGUUAAGUAUGCAUGGUACUCGAGUGACCGUUAAGUCCAUGAGCUUCUUGUUGGUAAUACAUGUACAAGUAUAUUUCAGAUUGUGUAUUGAUUCUAUUGUGAUUUUCUGUAAAUUAAAUUGUGGAACAAUUGCAGGAAUAUAUUUCAAUCUCACAUGUAAUAAACGCAUUGCAAAGUAA